CCGAGGCUUGGCUUGCUAGUCCCGCCCACACAUGUGGCUCUGGAUUUGAACGUGCUGAGAUAGAUAGUGUCCAGGACCAGGUGUGGGAGCUGCUAUCAAAUCGGAGUUCGGGGUUCAGGCAUGGCUGAUGAGCUUGGAGACGAGUGGUGGGAGGAGUCAGUAGGUGGCGCAGCAGCUGCUCGCAGCAAAGAACCUGCGGAUGAUAUAAAAAGUCAGGAAAGCGAUGGUGAGCCGACCCCAAAAAAGAGCAAGAAGGUGACUUCAGAACGGUCUUCUAAAAAGAAAAAGAAGCAGGGUAAGGAAUGCAUCCUGAGUACACCAGAAGUGAAGGACGAGGCCACAAAGAAAACCAGAAAAAGGAAGAAGAAGACAAUAACGGAUGUCCUUGCAACAUCUGCACCAAAAGCUGGGACACCAGAAGACCUACAGAAGCUUGUGGUGCAACAUUACGGCAAGACAAGGUCACAGAUUGAGUUGGAGGACCUAAAACUGCCAGAUAAUUGUUUUACAAAAGCAAAUGACCUCAGUCAUACCCUGUCUUCAUACCUGAAGGAAAUCUGCCCAAAAUGGUCAAAGCUAUCAAAAAAUCACAAGGAAAAGAAAUCCGUCCUGAUCUUAAUUGUCUGCAGCUCUGCGCACCGCACCCUGGAGCUAAUGAAGCUGGUAAAUGCAUUCAGAGGCGAGACCAAGGCAAUCAAAUUAUUUGCAAAGCACAUUAAGAUUAAAGAGCAGAUAAAAUAUCUGGAAAAAACUAUCAUUCAUCUGGGAGUAGGAACACCAGCGAGGAUUAAGGCUCUCAUAGAACAAGAUGGACUCAGCUUGCGAUCCCUGAAAUAUCUGGUUUGGGAUUGGAACUGGAGGGAUGUGAAGCUGCGGAGGAUGGUGAAUAUUCCAGAGGUGAAGAAAGCAAUGGUAGAACUCCUGGAGGCAGGCGUGGUGUCGGCAUGCAGAGAAGGAUCACUGAAGCUCGGGUUAUUCUGAUCCCUGUAUUAUGUGCAGUCCUCUUAUCUUUUAUGCGGCAUGUUUGUGUUUUAGUUCAUUUUUUUUUCUUUUGUGCAAACUUCAUAUUCUUUAACAAUAAAUCAAUACUGGGUUUCA